GAAGAAAAGCAAGAAGCAGUUGAUUUACUUCGAUCUAUUUAGAAUUUGGUUUUCCAAUCAAGAUUUGCAAUGGGUAGCCCAGAACAAGAGCUCUGUCCACCGCCAUCAGAAGAAGACGAGUUAACCCUACCUAGAGCAAGUAUUAACAAAAUGAUAAAGGAGUUGGUUCCUUCCGUUAGGGUUGCAUUUGAGUCUAGAGAACUAAUACUUAAUUGUUGCACCGAAUUCAUACACUUGCUCAGCUCUGAGGCCAAUGAAGUCUGUAAUCAGAGUAAUAAGAAAACGAUCAAUGCCGAACAUGUACUCACAGCUCUAGACAGGUUGGGGUUCAAUGACUACACAAUAGAGGCAGAAGCAGUGCUAAAAGACUGUAAAGCUGUAGCGGCCAAAAGAAGAAGGCAGAGCACCCGUUUGGAAAACCUUGGAAUUCCAGAAGAAGAAUUACUCAGGCAGCAACAGGCACUAUUUGCAAAAGCUCGUGAAGAGCAAGCAAAGCAGGACCAACAGCAAUGGCUGCUGCUGCAGCAACAGGGGCUAGCGGGCUCCGAUGCGACGGCACAGCCGUACGUACCACCACCCACUGGACCCAAGGGAGACAUGGAUGAAGACGAUGACUACUCAUAGGAUCAAUGUUUAUUUCUAACUU